UGGCUGUGUAUGGUUGCAAUAUUUAUGAAAAAUAUGUGAAAAAUAACCAACACUGUUAUUAAUCCUUGAAAAUAGGAAUAAGUAUUAUCGAUAUAGUUAUAAAUAAUUAUUGAAAAGCUUCAAGUUGUAAAGUUAUGGAAGAGAAUCGAGUAUGUAAUCUGGAAGACACAGUUUUUGAAAAAAAUGUGAAUAAAGUGAGAACCCGCAGUCUUAAAAGAAAACGUGAAGAGAGCUCAGAAAGUGAAGAUGAUGUUAUACCAGAAAAUUUGCUUGAAGUGGAGAAGAAUGUCCAAGCAUCGGCUGUUAAAAACAACCUAGAUGAUGUCAGUGUUAAACGAAUACUAAAGAAAGUGGUAACUAAUGAUCAUGUACUUGCCCUUGUGAAGUUACGUGAAGAAGAGGAACUUACAAAGCAAGAUGAAAGUGAUGAAACUAAACUUACCACCACUGAAACUAAAGAUAAAAGCUCAGAUAGUGAACAUGAUGUUACACUAGAAAAUUCAUUUGAAGUACAGAAGAAUGUUGAAGCAUCUGCUGAUGAAAACAAUCUUGAUGAUGACAGUGUUGAACGAAUACCAAAGAAAUUGGCCACAAAUGAUCACGUAGCCCUUGCAGUGAAGUUACAUGAAGAUGUGGAACGUACAAAGCUAGAUGAAAGUGAUGAAACUAAACUUACCAGGGCUAAGGCAAAGGCUUUAAUGGCUGUGUCCUCAGAAAAUAAAAACAUUACUCCAGAGAAUGCCCCUUGGAAAAUAAAGCUAAGUCCAAUUGAUCAAAUACCGGUGAAAACUACACCUGAAGUGACAGCCCUGAUUGCUCAGGAAUUACCAGAAGACGACGAAGAUGAAGAGUAUAACCCUCAUAAUGAUAUUGUGAGUGACGAUGAUCAUGUCUUGGAGGCGAGUGACAUAGAAUCCCAGCCCAGAACCCCAGCGACACCAAGAACACCAGCCACACCCAGAAGUAGCCAGAAGUCUGUUAGUGAGACUCCUGUUACAGACGGACCAUUUAAAGUCCCACAGGAAGUAACAGCCCAGGCUCGUCGAAGAUUAGAAUUAGAAGAAGAAGAAGCGACCAUCGCUCUCAGGACUCGAUCAAAACUAUGCCUGUCUAAGACACCGAUAGAACACAUUGAGAAUGCGUUUGUACCUCCGGAUGAGUUACCUCUACCAGAUGUUGAUGACUUGUGGAGUGAAUUUUUAAAGGAAUGUCUGGACCCUUCUAAUCCGAGAACGGAGGAGGAUGAUGAAGCAGACCCUGAAUAUAAUGUGGCAGCAGAUCCUGAUGCAGCUAUUGAAGAUGAAGAAAACGCUGUUAUUAGGAUAUCAAAAAAAGAACUCGACGAUCUGAUGAAGGAGUUAGACGAUGUGAUGCAGAAAGACGAUGACAGCGAGCGUGCUAAUAAUACAACGCUGUCAAUGUCGCAGGAAUUUAUUCAGUUAAAUCAAACGCACUGGGAAGGUAAACAGGAGCCAACAUCGGAUGAGGAGGGCCGGUCAGUCGCAGCGCCGGUCACCGUACCCAGGCUCGUAUCCGUCGGCAAGACCGAGGUAGAAGAGGUCGACAUGGUUGAUAUCGGGAGCAACACAGUGAUUCAGAUUAUUACAGCAGCUCCAAGUGAGCCGGUGCCAGUGAGAGUGGAGGAACGCAUCGAACGGAAGGAAGUGAGACAACCAGAGCCACCUUCCAGUGUACAAACCGUUCUACAACAACCUAAUGUGCUGUUUGUGGAGAUACAAUCCGAGUGUGUUAUCACAUCGCAGCAGGUCCAGAUACUGCAGCAACAGCUGCGUCAGCACAUCCAGCUGUCCGCUUCUAACUUCUUGCAGCUGUUCGUGAAUCCGGUGCACUGGACCUACGCGCCCGCCUAUAAGGAGUAUUUGGUGUCACUGAACAACAUAGUGGAGAUGAACCCCUCGUCUGUGGUGUACGUGUGCAAUUUGAAGCCGGCGUUGGAACUCGUCAAAAGCUGGGAGAGUUCUGUGGCCACUGAUACACCCCAGAAUAAGGAGAUGGUGGAGUUUAUCAAAAGUGAGGCAGAUAGAUGUUGCCGCCGAAUGCUGUCCAACAACCACUACAAGGGCAACUUCCCGGAGCUGUUCCUGAAGGUUGUGGCCACCAGCUCCGUGUUCCUGUACCCGCACCUUCUGCCGCCCGGGCCCUACCGCACCGAGAACAUCAAGAGGAGGCAGCAGUACUUCGACUCCGAAGAACAUUUAUUAGUAUUAGCCAUGGACCAGUUCUGGCAAUACGUGGAAGAUAAUCCGAAAAUGUUCAACCGACCGAACAAGCCGCCCACCACAUACCGCUGGGGAAUUUUCGCCACGCUCGAGCUGGUCAGCAAGUACGUGUUCCCGUGGAUGCCCGUGAAGACACUGCUCGGACACGUGCGUUCUGUGAAGAAGCACGGCAAUGAGCGGCACCCCAUCAUGAAAUACAUGAAAACUGGUUAUGUGGAGCCGGUGAAGCACAUCCUGAUACCGUACGACCCACAAAUGAAUCUUUACCAACAGCCGGAACACAAGAUGCCAACCGUCUGGGUCCGCUAUCUUGCAAAGACGAGCAAGAGGUUUCAGAAGUACCUCAACCGCAAAACACAUCAUAAGGUAAUACAACCUGAGGGUACAGAACUGGAUCCUGAGCUUGUGAUCCAGCAUUCAGAAAAAGCCCCGUUCCCAGUCGACACAGAAGUACCAAAACAUAUUCAGAGAGGUUUUGUGGAAGUAGAGCCUGAAAAAACCCAAGAAUCGUUAGUGGCCUCCCAGAUAUACACUUUGGUUAAUACCAGUGAGGGGACAGUAUUAGUACCGUUAGACACGACCGGUGAAGUUUUUAAUAAUGUAAGUAAACCAGUGCAAAAAGAAAGGAAAGUAACAAUACCAAGUGAUCCAAAUCAUUGUUCAUGCUGUGUCUUACUACGGAGAAUAUGCAAAAUUAGACAGAAACUUAUAACAGACUAUUUUAAAAAGUCUAAACAAGUGUGUCCUUGUGGAAGUGUUAAAUAUCCUAGAAUAACGAACCGGCUUCGAUUAGUGUGUACGUAUUUCAGAAGAACUUUUAAGUCUGUCUAUAAUAGGUUGGAGAGAUUGUUGAGUGAAGCUAAGGAUGUGAAGAAUAUUGCUGAUGCUAUUGAUGUAGGGCCAGAAAAGAGUGAUCCAAAGGAUUUAGCAUUCGUCACGGCUUUUCUAAUAAGACUUCUAUUGCGAGAGAACAAGACAAAAAAUCCCAUGUUGAAAUGUAGAAUAUUCAACGCCUUAGCGAAGUUUGAUGAUGAAAAUGGCGAUCCAAUCAAGUUAAUGGAAGAUAUAGAUGAUGCCUGCGAUGUUGAAUUAGCCGACGUGUACAAAGAGUUCCUGUGUUUCUUAACCCCGGAGCAAGCUGACAAGUUGGACAAAUUUAAGGAUUAUUUUAUAUACAAUUGCUACCACGGCUUGAUAGACAAAAUUGAGGAAUCAUCACUAGAUAGGACAAAGAAGCGGGCAGCAUUUCAACGUAUGAUGUCCCUGGCAACCAGUGAGUUGUCUGCGUGCGAGUUGUGCUGUGAAUUACUUCAUUGCGUGCGAGACUCUCCCGACCUCGCACGAUACUGCUUCCAUCUGUUCCCGCACAAAAGGAAAGCAUUCAAUGACAAUAAUGAGACCGGACGAACAGAAGAGAAUAUCGGUUUAACUAAAUCCCAGAUGGCGAGGGUUGCUGAAUUGCCUGACGAACAUGAUGAGCCCGAAGAUAUGUUGACAAUAUGUAAUGAUGAUGAAAUGAAACGUAAUAUUAGAAUAUCUAAUGGUAGUGAUAAUGAAAAAUUGCAGGAUAAUGCUCAAAAAUGUAAUGGUGGGGAUGAAAAAGAGUUGCAGUGUCAUUUUACUCAGAUAAGUAAUGUUGAUGAUAAUGUAGAAUCCCAGGAUAAUACACGGGAAUGUUAUGGUGAUGAUAAUACUCUAAUAUGUAAUGGUAGUAAUAAUUUAAUAUCUCAGGGUAAUGAUCGUGAAUGUAAUGGUGAUAUAGAAUCACGGGGUAAUACCCAGACAUGUGGUGAUGAUGAAAAAGUGGAGUGUGAUAAUACCAGGACAUGUAAUAUAAUUUAUUUUGAAGGACCGGAGGACGAUAAAUCUGAAAUAUCAAUGAAGUUGUAUUAUAGUAGCGAUGAAGAAUCUAGCGAUACACCAAUGGAGCAAGCUGAAGAUAGUCCCAACACCCUACAAGAAAAACCAACGAGUGAGAUUACAUCUAAUCAAACAAGUGCAACCAUUGGGGAGGGUCCAAAUGAUGGCACUGAUGAAGAGUCGAACAGUCAAAUGAACUUAAUUACCACCAUUAAAUUUGAAGCAGGAAGUGAUGAUGAUAAUGAAAUGGCUGUGGACGAAAAUACAGACCAGGUUGAUAUAUAUUCGCAAGUGGGAGUUAAAUUGGAAACUUCUGAGUGGAAAAGAGAUGAAGAUAAAUUAAUACUUGAAGUACUAAAGGAGAAUCUCUCUCCAGACGAAAUAAAAGAUAAAACAAUAAUAGAAAUUAUUGAAGAAAAAAAUUUGCCAAACAUGAUAUCAGAAUGCCUGUCAACAAAGACUUUGUUAGAUGUUAAGGAUCGGAUCUCUUAUCUGUUACAAUUACUCAUAAAGAUACGAUAUUAAUAAAUAAGCGUAAUAAUAUAUAAACUACUUUUACAUU